AUGCCUUCAAAUGAAUCAAUAGAAGAACAUACAGAUGAGGAUACCUCUGGGAUUGAAGAGCCUGAUGAACUUACAAAUAGAUCGAGUUUAAAAGAGAGAGAUACAGAAUCGGUGGCAUCGAACCAAAAUGACGAUGAUACAACGAAUGGAAGAGCAGAUGUUAUAGAUGGUGCAACCACUAAAGUACAGAAGGCAACUGUAAGUGGUACUGAUACGUCUAUUCUCUUAGAACGGGAAAACCCACAAUUGGAAAUCCUUCCCUCUGAAUCUAUCGAUAAUUCCCGGUCAGAACAUGAGAUAGCAGGUUCAGAUAAUUCGACAACUCAACAUGUCCAUCCAGGAGUCGAACUAAAUAAGAAUCAACUGGACUCGACGGGCGGGGGCGAGGAAACACUCACGAACGUAUCAAAAGAAGACAAAGUUGGAUCUCUUAUAGGUACUAAAGAUGCUUCAUUCACUAAACAAAAAGUCGAAGAACAGAAGCAAGAGACAAAAAAAUUCGAUUCAGAAAUUGAUUUAAACCAACAGCUGGAUUUUUUAAACGAUAUGAAAGGUGGUAUGAGGAACCUAAAUGAAUCAGACAUAGAAAAUGAUCAUGAAGCAUUUGUAGAUGACGAGAAACUUUCUCCUAAUACGCAAGUUGGGGUGGAUACCAGUGUAAAUAGCCCUCUGGAUAACAAAGAAACAACUGAAUAUGUUUCAGAUGAAGAGAAAUUACUCUCAAGUAAACCCCCAAAUCAUGAAACGGGUGCAAUAGUAACCGAGCAAAAUGAUAUAUCUGUUGGUGAUGAAUCACCUUUGAAAAGUUUAUCCCAGGGCGAUAACCAAAAUGAUACUGCUGGUCGACCAGAUACUGACAUUUCCUUGGAUAGAACUGCAAAAGAGCAUGAUGCAGUAGAAGAAGAACCCAUAAAUGCUCAGAAGUUUCCAUCAGGCAAUAUCAGAAAACUUCCACCUAUACCUAUCCAAAUUUCAAACGAGAAGGAUGAAAAUUCGAGUCAAAAAGAAGCGUCUACUUCGACUUCACCACCAUUGCCACCUAGACAAAAUGUUGCGAUACCUACUUCACCUAGAUUGCCACCAAGAGGGAAUUCAAGGGAACAGCCACCAAAGGAGAAGUCCAGGGAACAGCCGCCGACGAAGAACGCUGUCCCACCCCCACUAGAAGAAGAAAUGAAAUCAGAAAAGUUUCGCAAAAAUCUUGAAGAAACCAAGAAAAAUAGCCAUAAAUAUAUUCCUCUCACUAGUUCCAAAGCUGUGCAGUUAGAUUCCACUGCAGAAAUUAACUUAAUCGCUAGUCGUUACCGCAAGACCAGUCACCACUUGAAUAAAGAAGGGGAAGAGACCAGAGAGUCGUUGCAAGAGGGGCAAAGCUUUUUAAAAUCGACAUAUACGUCGUUUUUAGAGAACUUACCUGAGUAUAAUGAGGUAGAUAAUGUUAGUGAAGGUGAUAGAGAGAUGUUCAAAAUCGAUUGGUCAUUUUGGACCCAAGUGGUUAAUGAUUUUGCUACAGUGGCAAGUAAUGAACCAGAAAAGCUAGAGGCGCAUGUUACUAAUGGAAUACCACCACAAAUCCGUGGUAUACUAUGGCAACUUAUGGCAAAUUCCAAAUCAAGAGAAAUGGAGGACAUAUACGAAACCCUGUUGGAUACGGAAUGUCUUCAUGACGCAACCAUACGUAGAGAUUUAAGAAGAACAAAGUUUGUGGGUGAGGACAAAAUGGAGUCAUUAUUCAAAGUUAUAAAGGUUUAUUCCGUUUACGAUCCAGAUGUUGGGUACACGCAGGGAAUGGCGUUCAUUGCAGCACCGCUCUUAAUGAAUUGUGAAAACGAGGCUGAAUCGUUUGGAUUGAUGGUUGGAUUGAUGAAGAAUUAUGGAUUAAGAGAACUUUUCUUACCGGGGAUGCCCGGGUUGAUGUUAAUGCUUUAUCAAUUUGAUAGAUUACUCGAAGAGCAUUCGCCCAAUUUGUAUAAUCGUUUGAUCCGUGAGGGUAUAAGUUCAACGAUGUAUGCCACACAAUGGUUCUUAACUUUUUUCGCAUACAAAUUCCCGUUAGAAUUUGUGUUAAGAAUUUUUGACAUUGUGUUUGUGGAAGGUAUUGAAGUACUACUGAAAUUUGCUGUGAACAUAAUGUUGAAGAAUGAAGAGAGUUUGGUGAAAUUGAGAUUCGACGAAGUAUUGGAAUUUUUGAAGGACGAACUUUUCAAUUAUUAUUUGGUGGGAAAUCAUGAUAAUGUCUCCGUGGUGCAAAUGGAAUUGCCGGAGGGAGCCCCAUUGAAGGGGGACGAGGCCAGCAGCCUCUCGUACAACGUCGAUCUUUUCGUUCAUGACGCCAUGAGGGGUGUUUAUGUUACACCACUGACAUUAAGAAGAUACAGGGGAGAAUACAUAGAAAUCCAUGAAAAGGAGCAGAAGAAGGAGAACCACUACGAAUCGUUGAGAAUCCAGAACCAUCAACUGCAAAGGGAGGCACAGAAGCUAGAACAUGACUAUUCGAUUUUGAACGAGGAGAACAUCAGUGCGGCCAACGAAUUGAUCGAGAAUAGAUUGAAUAUGGAGAUGUUGUUAGACGAGAAAAACGACUUGACAAAUACGAUCGCUGAUAUCAAAAAUCAAAUUGACGAGGAGAUUCGCGAGCAGAAUUUACCCAACCCGGAUGCAUCAUUGCCAAGGGCAGAUCUGAAAGAGGAUUUAGAAAGAACAGUCUCCAGGAACAAUGAAGUGAUGAGGGAGAACGGUCAGUUGGAGGAAAGAAUCUCACAGUUGCAGGCGGAAAUCGAUGAGCUGAUGAGCAUCAAUAAGGAACAGGCGUCCACUGCAUCCCUACUGGAAAGCGGGUCAAGGGGCAAGGGAAAGAAAGGUUGGACGGGCUUCAAGAAAGUUUUUAAGUAG